GGCUGCGGGGCCGAGCGAGCGGAGCUGUCCCCGCAGCCAUCAGGGGGCGCCCGGUCCGGCCGCUUCCCCCUCCUAUCCCCCCCAACGUCCUACCCCACACCCCGGCUUCAGCCAUGAGGCUGCCACCCGCGGCGGUCCGGUUGUUGGUUCCGCCGACCCACCGCUUUGUGACCGCUCUCCAACAGCGGCGAUCGGCGGCCCGGACCCCGGAGCAGCUGGAAAAUAAAACAAAUGGUAAACUUCAAAAGCAGAUUUGUGAAGUCGUUCUGGAUCAUUUUGAGAAGCAGUACACAACGGAACUGGGAGAUACGUGGGCCAGUGUCAGAGAUGUACUGACAUACCCCUUGUGCUGGCAGUAUGCCAUUCUGCUGAACAAGUUCAGCCCAUCUCCUGAGCUGGAGAACACCUUGCGUGUGAAGGGAUAUUACCCUGCUUUUCAAGGACCUUUGCCCUAUCUUCCAUCAUCGCUCAAGUGUUACAUCAGGAGACUUCCAGGGAAAUUCCCUUCACAAAAACACCAGGCUGGUAAACUGAAAGAGUACUACCUGCUGAAUGCUGCUUCACUGUUGCCAGUGUUGGCCUUAGAAGUGAAAGACGGGGAAGAUGUUUUGGAUCUCUGUGCUGCUCCAGGGGGUAAAUCUGUGGCUAUACUGCAGUGUGCCACUCCAGGUCAUUUUCACUGUAAUGAAUAUGAUGAUUUGAGGUCAAGGUGGCUGAAACAGACUAUAGAAUCCUUCAUCCCGGGUACUGUGAUUGACUUAAUGACAGUCUCUAAAUUGGAUGGUAGAAAGAUUGGAGAUCUUAAGCCUGUAUUAUAUGAUAAGGUACUUGUUGAUGCACCUUGUUCAAAUGACAGAAGCUGGUUAUUCUCUUCUGAUAUUCAGCAAGCUACUCUGAGGCUAAUAAAAAGGAACGAGUUAUCAGCUCUACAGUUCCAGCUGCUAAGGUCUGCUAUUAAAGCCUUGCGUCCUGGUGGAUUGUUGGUCUACUCUACCUGCACUCUCUCAAAAGCAGAAAACAGCGAUGUAAUAAAUCUCAUCCUAAACACCUACAGUAAUGUUAUGCCUGUAGACCUGAGUGAAUUGGCCAAAGCUGUUUCUCAGGAAUUUACUUUUCUCAGUGGUACACAACAGCAUGAACUUAUGGUUCUCCCAGAGAAAGGGAGAACUUGGGGUCCAAUGUAUGUUGCUAAAUUAAAGAAAAUUUAGUCCCUCUGAUGCCUGUUUUUUUUUUUUUUGUAAGGGAUAUUUGAUAAAUAUUUUUUAUUUCUAAUGUAGCAUGAGUAUAUGAACAUGCCCAAGGCAAUUAAAUCUAGAGCAUUGCAGUUUU